AUGUUUGGACUUGUCCAUUGUAACGCUUCACUUCUCUCCCGACAAGUUACAGAUCCCAAAUUAUUUUUUGUGCGUACCUUAGUCAAAAAUUGGCUCUGGCCCAUAAUUACUUUUUUUGGCGUUACUGGAAAUAUCCUGGUUAUUAUUGUUUUAACUAAACGACGAAUGAUUAUGUCUUCAACGAACAAUUAUUUGGUCGCAUUAGCACUUGUAGAUAUUGCGUAUCUGAUUCUAACACUUAUACUUACUACAUUACAACAUCCUUGCUUUUAUGGUACUACAGUAUCUGACGUUCUUUCAACAAUCUGUCGACCUAUCGCCGAUCUAUCAUCGAAUACCAGUGUUUGGUUAACAGUCACGUUUACGGUUGAACGAUGGGUAGCAAUAACUUAUCCGUUGAAAAGUCGCACUUGGUGUACGGUUACUCGAGCACGAAAAAUCAUUCUCAGUGUACUAUGUGCAGCCCUAAUAUGUACAUUACCAUCUGCAUUCGAAAUGAAACUUGUACGAGUGACUGAAAUCGAAAACUCAACAGAUUCAAGCGAGAAACCUAUUGUAAAAAGUCGAAUACGCGCCAAAGCAACAGCAUUGGGAAGUAGUCUUUUGUACCAUCAAAUUUAUUUCAACUUUGUCACAUUUGCUAUCAUUUGGAUUCCUUUGUUGCUCCUCAUCAUAUUCAACACCAUUCUUAUCAUUUACGUCCAUCGUUCAAGACAAGAAGAACAUAAAAAUAAAGAAGGUAUUCAACUCCGCCGACACAAUCGCGGAAAUCAAGGCGAACAGAGGAAAACCACAAUUAUGUUAAUUGGUGUGGUUAUUGUUUUCACUGUUUGUCAAAUUCCUCAAGCAAUCUCUCUAACGUUACAAUCAUUCUUUCCCGUCGUCGCACAAACUUCUGAAGUCCUUAUUUACAAUAAUUUUGCCAAUUGUUUAGUGGCUAUUAAUGCUUCAAUGAAUUUUCUGUUAUAUUGUUGCUUUUCUAGUCGAUUUCGUUCGACAUGUCGGUCUAGCUUUGCUAUUAUUUACACACGUUGUGCCAAUUUCAAUGACCCCAAUUGGAAAUUAACGAAAGACAAUGCGAAAUACUCGAUUUCUUUCGACAAUGUGUCGUCAACGUAUUCUUUACACGGACACCAGCUCAGUGCUGGUCUGUCGAAUCAGAGCAGUGAUUUAAAUAACAGAUUUGCUAAAUAUUCCGCCAAAAGCCGAACACCAAUGCGGAAUUAUAGGCGACCGUCAUGGACAAUACUCUUAUCGAAAUUAAAAUCACAUCAACAGAAUAGAAAUGAACUCUCACAAAUGCUUUCGACACAAAGUACUGAAACGUUUUCAAAUUCGUCGGCUUUUAUUCAUCAAUCUUGCACAUCAAAUCAUUCUCUCACGAAUUCUCCGCUACUCAGACAGUCGCCCACUGACGAGACGAUUCCGUUACGUUCGCCAUCGAUGAAUGAAGAAGUUGAAAACAAGCAAGUAACAGAUAACAAAUCUGAUCAGUCUACUCAAGCGUCAAGACUUCAUCCGCUUUAUCAUUCACAUCGAUCGUUGAGAGAAAAUUCGAAAGGACGAGUUUGGAUAAAGCGGCGAUUAUCGACUGAUGCUAUACAAACAAUUUUCAACCGUCAACAAUCGUUUUUAUUGAAAGAUAUCGUUGAUGUAACUGUGUAA